UAACGAAGAAUAAAUCUUUUUUUUAUAUUUACUCAAUAUAUUAAAAAUUUUUUUUAACUUCAACCAUACUAGAUAAUCAUGGCGUUCAAAGCUAUCCUAUUAUUCAUUGUCUGUUUAUCAUUAGCAGUAACAAUGAUUAAAGCUGGUGAAAGAGGAUGUGCAGAAGCUGGAGAAUAUUGUCGCACGGGGGAGGCCUGCUGCAGUGGUGUAUGUAUGACUUUCCGAGCGCGUUGUUCUGGACCAUCAGGUGGUUUAAUAAUUCCACCAGGAUACCGACCACCUUCAUUCAUUCCACCAUUGGCACAAUUGCCAAAUCAAACCAACUGCGCAGGACUUGGAUCACCCUGUCACACAAUGGAUUGCUGCGCACCAUACUAUUGUGGCAGCUAUGGAAACCAAUGUAAAUCACCCUAAAAAUUUGAUUUCUGUCCACGAAUUAUAUUUUAUUAACAAUUUUUAAAAAAAAACUUUUUCUGUAAUUUCAUACUUUACAAAACAAUGAAAAAAAAAAUAAAUAAUUCAAUUUCCAAUUUA